UGCGUCAACGGCAGUCCUGACGUCAUCGGCCUUGGACGGAAGUAGACGGCUCGUGGAAGGCUCCAGAGAAAGAUGGCGGCUUACAUAAAGAUGAUUCGGGCGGCUGGACUUCUCCACAGUAAGCCGGCUCACCUUGUCAGACACGAGGCGGUCGGGUGCUUUGGGUCCGGUCCGAGCGGGUUCCGCUCCGUUCGUUUGUAUAACAACAACAGCGGCGGCGGCGGCGGCUCGCUUCACGCCCCCAACAUGACGGCGGCACCUGGUCGCUGGACGCGGGUGACCGGCGUCUAUUCCGGACUCCUCGCGUCGUCGUCCUGCCGCCCCAGAGCCUUCGGGAACCGGGCGAGCGGCGCCGGCUUCUCCGCGGGGGACGGCGGGGAGAGCGUCGGCGGCGGCGGCGGCGGCGACGGCUCCGGAGGAGAGGAGUCCGGCGGGGGCGUCGGUGAGGACGCGGGACCUCAGAUGACGGCCCUGACCCCGAUGAUGGUGCCGGACGUGUUCCCAAACGUGCCGCUGAUCGCCGUGAGCAGGAACCCCGUCUUCCCCCGCUUCAUCAAGAUCAUCGAGGUGAAAAACAAAAACCUGAUGGAGCUGCUCCGGAGGAAAGUCCGCCUGGCGCAACCCUACGCCGGAGUCUUUCUCAAGAGAGACGACAACAACGAGUCGGACGUGGUGGAGUCCCUUGACGCCGUCUACGGCACGGGGACCUUCGUGCAGAUCCACGAGAUGCAGGACCUCGGGGACAAGCUGAGGAUGAUCGUCAUGGGCCACCGCAGGGUUCGCAUCACGAGGCGUCUGGAGGUGGAGCCCGAGGAGGACGAGGCGGCGCCCCUGUGGUCGCCCGAGUCGGACCCCCGAGGCAAAACUCCGUCCGGACGCAGGGUCAAGCGCGGCCGGACCGAAUCGGCGGGCGCUCAGAUGGACGACAGGAUUGCGGAAGCAGACCUGACGCCAGAACUGCGACCUCUGCCCUCCUCCGACGUCCUCAUGGUGGAAGUGGACAACGUCCUCCACGAGCACUUCACCGUCACGGAGGAAGUCAAGGCGCUGACGGCCGAGAUCGUCAAGACCAUCCGUGACAUCAUCGCACUCAACCCGCUCUACAGGGAGUCUGUUCUGCAGAUGAUGCAGGCGGGCCAGCGUGUGGUGGACAACCCCAUCUACCUGAGCGACAUGGGCGCCGCGCUGACGGGGGCCGAGUCGCACGAGCUGCAGGACGUCCUGGAGGAAACCAACAUCCCCAAGCGUCUGUACAAAGCUCUUUCUCUGCUCAAGAAGGAAUUUGAGCUCAGCAAGUUGCAGCAGCGUCUGGGCCGAGAGGUAGAGGAGAAAAUCAAGCAGACUCACAGGAAGUACCUGUUACAGGAGCAGCUCAAGAUUAUCAAGAAGGAGUUGGGUCUGGAGAAGGAAGACAAGGAAGCCAUCGAGGAGAAGUUCCGUGAGCGUUUGAAGGACAGGACGGUCCCUCAGCACAUCAUGGACGUCAUUAACGAGGAGCUCACCAAGAUGGCGCUGCUUGACAACCACUCCUCGGAGUUCAAUGUGACCCGCAAUUACCUGGACUGGCUCACCAGCAUGCCCUGGGGCACCAACAGUGAGGAGAACCUGGCCUUGGACAGAGCCAAGGAGGUUCUGGAGGAAGAUCAUUAUGGGAUGGAUGACGUGAAGAAGCGGAUAUUGGAGUUCAUUGCCGUCAGCCAGCUGCGAGGGUCCACGCAGGGCAAGAUCCUGUGCUUCUACGGCCCCCCAGGGGUGGGCAAGACCUCCAUCGCCCGCUCCAUCGCCCGCGCCCUCAACCGCGAGUACUUCAGGUUCAGCGUGGGCGGGAUGACGGAUGUCGCUGAAAUCAAAGGACACAGGAGGACGUACGUUGGUGCAAUGCCGGGGAAGAUCAUCCAGUGCCUCAAGAAAACCAAAACAGAGAACCCUCUGGUUCUGAUAGAUGAGGUGGACAAAAUGGGUCGCGGAUAUCAGGGCGACCCGUCCUCGGCUCUGCUGGAGCUCCUGGACCCCGAGCAGAACGCAAACUUCCUGGACCACUACCUGGAUGUUCCUGUGGAUCUUUCCAAGGUUCUCUUCAUCUGCACGGCCAACGUGACCGACACCAUCCCGGAACCUCUCCGGGACCGCAUGGAAAUGAUCAACGUGUCUGGAUACGUGGCUCAGGAGAAACUGGCCAUCGCCCAGCGCUACCUGGUGCCGCAGCUGCGCUCGCUGUGCGGCCUCAGUGAGGAGAAGGCGUCCAUCUCGUCUGAAGCUCUCAGUCUACUGAUCCGACAGUACUGCAGAGAGUCCGGCGUCAGGAAUCUGCAGAAACAAGUGGAAAAGGUCUUCCGCAAAGUUGCCUUCUCCAUCGUCAGUGGAGAGCAGCAAGAGGUCAGCGUGACUCCAGACAACCUUCAGGAGUACGUCGGGAAACCAGUUUUCACCGUGGACAGGAUGUACGACGUCACGCCGCCGGGAGUCGUCAUGGGGCUGGCCUGGACCGCCAUGGGAGGCUCGACUCUGUUCAUCGAGACGUCCGUGCGUCGUCCUUCCACUAAAGAUGGCAAAGGAGAAGGUUCUUUGGAGCUAACGGGUCAGCUGGGCGAGGUCAUGAAGGAAAGCGCCAAAAUCGCUUCAACCUUCGCCAGAGCGUUCCUCAUGCAGCAAGAACCUGAAAACGACUUUCUGAUCAACUCUCACCUGCACCUUCACGUUCCCGAGGGGGCCACCCCCAAGGACGGCCCGAGUGCCGGCUGCACCAUCGUUACGGCCCUGUUGUCCCUGGCGACCGGUCGGCCGGUGCGUCCCGAUGUCGCCAUGACGGGCGAGGUGUCCCUCACCGGGAAAAUCCUUCCCGUGGGAGGAAUCAAGGAGAAAACCAUCGCGGCCCGACGCGCAGGAGUGACGUGCAUCAUCCUGCCCGCGGAAAACAGGAAGGACUUCUCGGACCUGCCGGACUACAUCACGGAGGGCCUGGAGGUGCACUUUGUGAACCACUACGGUCAAAUUUACCCGGUGGUCUUCCCCAAGUCCUAAGAGCCUCCUGUGGGUGGCGUCUUUUAAAGUCCGCGUGGUCCAAGUUUGGCCGGACGGCGUCACGACCGACGCGCGCGCAGCCGACUUGUGAGGAGCUGUGAUGUCACCGGUUUGCUGCCAGGCGGCCUGGUCGGCUUCCGCUCACGUGACGGACAAACUCUUUGAUAAAUGAUUAUAAUUAUUAUUUUUAUUUUAUAUUAUUGUCAUUGUAUGAUGGAAGAAAUAUAACAUUCAUGACAAC